AUGUCUCUUUUUAAAUCAUUAACUAGUUUAAUAAGUAAAAACGAAAACACAACUGACGAAAGUCAACUACAGCAGCAACUGGAUGAAGUAAAGGGAAAGGAAGAUAACGGGCAUCCUCCCGUUGGAAUUGAUCAGAUCCCUCCAUCCGAUGUUUUAGUCACCGAUUGCUGUGAUUGUGAUAAAGACUGUUUGGAACAUCAAAAAUACCCUCCUCUUAACUUUGAUACCGAAACGCGUUUACUCGGUUCCAUGCUUCCUUAUGGACGUCAUGUCAUGAUUGCUACAGCUCAGAGUGAUUGGCCAGCUCGAAUUGAAGAAGACUAUGGUACACUUGCUGCUAAUCUACAAGCAUUACUAGCAAACAAUCCUAUGCCUUGGAGAACGUUUGUAACAAAUACUUCACAAAUACCCUCGCAUGGAUCAGAAGUACACUGUGGCCUUGAUGUGACUAUUCUGCCAGACAAUAUCAUACUCGGUGAUGUGACGCCUGAUGAUGCUCAACUUAUUUAUGAUGUAUUCUGUAAAAGACCGUUGCCAGCCACAGACGAAGUGAAUAUUGAGGAGGAAUUUAAAAAUGUUGAUUUGAAAAUGUUAAAGAUAUUCCCAGUCUUGUACGAUUCAAUGAUUUUGAUAUGCUCACAUAGAAAAAGAGACAAGCGUUGUGGUGUAACGGCCCCAAUUCUACAUCGUGAAUUCGACCAUGUUUUAAGAGAUUUAGAUAUAAACGAUGGUGAAGGUGGGACAACUGUGAUGAUGGUUAGUCACAUAGGAGGUCAUAAAUACGCAGGCAACGUUAUCACUUAUAUCAACAGAGGAAGAACUGGUAUUUGGUAUGGACGUGUCAAAACCUGCCAUUGUAGAGAAAUUGUUGAACAAACUAUUCUCAAAGGAAAGGUCAUUAAAGAAUUAUAUCGUGGGUCCAUGUCCCAUAGUUUUGGUGAUGUUGAAAAGAAUAAAAAAUGUAGGCUAGAAUGGUAG